AUGGGAAGUUAUAAGUUUCUGCUUCUUCUGCUGAUCUUACUCUCAUUUUCAAGCUCUGGUAUGCCAUUGUUUUGGUCUUCUUCUUCUUCUGCUUCUCAGAACCCGGGAGAAAAUGCUGCACUAUCCGGUUUAAUUGACGUGGCUGCUGAAUUCUCUAUUGAUGCGCUCAACGACGACAAGGGAGUCGAGAGGCUCAAGAAUGCGCAAAGAAAACUAGUUGGUUCCAAAUCAUGCUGGCAUGGAGCUUAUCAAGGGAUAUUCGGGGCGUGCUCCGAAAUCGCCGCGGAUGACAGCGAGAAGAGGAAGAGGUUUGCUUGGGAUCUAAGUAACUGCUUCCAAAAGGACUCUGGAAGGCCUUCUUUUCCUUCUUGCCGGGCCAACUCUCCCAUGAAAGAUUGCCUUGAGAAAUUGGACAAUAAUGCUAUUCAUACUUACCGCGGAUUUUUCCUUGAGACCAACUCCAUUUGUCAUCAGCUACAGUCGGAUAUAUUCAGGCGUCAAACAGAGAGACUGGUGAAUGAUUUGAAAAGGUCGGCAACAUAUGCAGAGAAAAAGCUGGAAACAAUAGAAGAGAAAUCAGAAAAUUUGUUGCAGGACACUAAAGACAUCCAUAAUUCUUUGAGUUCAAUAGAUGAACAGACCCAACAAGUGGCUCAGACAACAAGCAAAAUCGGGAAUUACGUUGCGGAGAUUUCAAAGCAGUCGGAGGCGGCGUUUGAGCAAUCCGAGAAAAUCUCGUCUUCCCAAAUGGAGUUGCAAAAGGGGCAAGACGUGAUGAAGGAGAAAAUGGAAGAAGGGAUUGUUAUGCUUCAUGAUUCUUACCAUAAUCUUGACAAGGAAAUAGGAAGUUUGAGAGAUGAGACUGUGCAAAUAGAGAGAGAAAUAACUAGAAUUGGAGAUACUAUGUCUACUAAGAUUAACAUUCUUCAUAACAAGGCUGACGAUAUAGAAAACCUUGCAGGGAUUUCCUUGGAAAAGCAAAAAGAACUUCUGCAAGGGCAAUCUGAAGCUCUUGGUGGGCUUCAGUUGCUCACUAAAUUUCAGUCUCAAGCAUUGGAAGAGAGCAGGGAUGUUUUGCAGCAACUGACGAAUUUCGGUCAUGAACAACAAAAAGAGCUUCUUCGGCGACAGGAGGAUCUUCAACGAGCACAUGAUCAUCUGUUUGAGAAUUCCAAUUCCAUGUUGUCAGCACAGGAAACUUUCGAAAAAAAGCAGGCAGCCCUUUUCAUAGCUCUGGAUAAGCUCUUCGCUUUGCACAAUGCGUUGCUGCUCGAGUCACGGCUAAUCAAAGCUUUCUUUCUGUAUUCCAUUUCUAUGUUUGUUCUCUACAUGUUCACAAGUACUAAGCAAACAUACACAAUCAGACACAGGCUUUACAUUGGUCUAUGUGCUCAAUUCUUGAUUGAAGUCGCGAUACUUCGAUUCGCAACGACUGGUAUCGAGCAGCAAACAUGGUUGAUCAAUCUAGUGAGGUCCCUCUUUGUGCUUCUAGCCACGGUUCAGAUAUUACAUGCUAUUUUCACGUACAGAGACUAUGAAAUGCUGAACUACGUUAUGCUGAAGAACCUAACAGAGGAGGUAAACAACAUGCGGCGAAAAGCGGAGUUGUGUUCGCAAACUGAGAGCGAGGUUGAUUGGUCUACUUGGGUUGACAGUGAGAUAUUAGAUGGAGUAGACAAUCUCCAAGAUCCGGAUUAUCUUGCACUUGGAUAUGAAGGAGAAGUUGUUGGAGAGAAUUCAAAUGCAACUUCUUCGGUUACUACUAGAUACAAUCUCCGGACUAGGCGUCACUGA